AAGAAAAGAAGGAAUGAACUAGUUGAAGGAGUGUCAGCUCCUGAAACCAUCCUCGACCACUUGUAUAAUCUGAGAGAAAACAACAUCUUUUCUAUCAGAAUUUCUUCACCACCUGAAGCCAAAACAACUGCUGGUCCCAUCUAGGAACCCUAGGAUUAAUCAUGACUUCAGUGUUGGGAAUGGCACUGCUGGGCUUGGCCCUGAUGGCAGGGCCCACCGUGGCCUUUGUCCCCGUCGGGGAUGGGGCGUCCACUCAUGUCAACAUUACUCGAAAAGCCCUAUUGCAAAAAGUGAAAGAGACAUGUCGGGCAGUGGCUGAGGAAGCUCGUCAUGUGUUCAAAACCACGGGUUCCUCUCCUGAGGAGUUGGUUCAGGCUUGUCUUGGACCCACAGCAAAAGGAGAAGUGUCAGGUGCCAAGUUUCACUCUGCUCUUCAAGAAAUCUACAACCAGAAUGGACUGGUAGACCGUGACUUUGUCAACAGUGCUCCACACCACUUCAACUCAGAGGCAUUCCUGCAGGGACGUGGCCUAAUCACGGAGGGAAUGGUGGCCAUUAAGGCUAACAUUCGCAAGGAGAACUUCCAGGCUGCCAGAGAAACACUGGGCAGAGUUCUUCAUACACUACAGGACUUCUACAGCCACAGUAACUGGGUGGAGCUGGGAUACACAGAGCCAUACAUCAACCUCAUUCGCCCAGAUCAGCCACUGGAAAACCUGGCAGAUGUCAACACUGCCACCUGCAGGGACUGUGCCAGUGGAACAUGUCCCAAUUCCAUUCUCCCCAACAUCCUGAAUGAGAAGAAGCUCACAUCAGGCUACAUGGGAAUCUACUCUUCCGCCAAGCCUAAAGGUAAAUGUAGCCAUGGAGGUGCAGCUGACCUGACUAGCACAACAGUUCCUCGUGGUGGCAUCAACAAAGAUGAGCAUCGCUCUGACAACGUGGCCUUCCACAAUGCUGCUGUGAAUGCAGCCACCACUGCAAGUCUCCAGCUACUGGAGGACAUCCGGUUAGCUGCUGGGGACAAUGACUUUCUGAGAAUGAUGGGGAUUGCUCGCUCAUCGGUCGUGUGCUUUGUUAUUGACACCACUGGCAGUAUGUCUGAUGACAUUGAUGAAGCCAGGGAUGUUGUUUACGAAAUAAUUGACAGCAAAAAAGGAACACAGGAUGAGCCCUCUGAGUACAUCCUGGUGCCCUUCAAUGACCCCAGUUUUGGACCGCCGAUCAGGACAACAGACCCCAAUAAGAUGAAAAAAGAAAUCUCUGAACUUACAGCACAGGGAGGGGGAGAUACCCCUGAGAUGUGUCUGUCAGGACUUCAGCUGGCUCUCACUGGUGCCCCAGCCUCCUCCCACAUCUAUGUUUUCACUGAUUCCAUGCAAAGCCAGAGUACCAUUACGUUUAUCUAUAACUUUGUGGAAAGCUUCAAGGGACCUCACCCAGGUUUUGCAGUACUCAGUGGGCGUCCACAAGCAGGCCAGCCAGCCACCUUGAUGCUCUCAGUAAUGGGAAGGAAAGGUCCGUCAUCAAUGAGUGUUGGAAACAUUGGCCUAGUAACUGUGUCUGGUCCUGAGGUUGUGAGCAAUGGUACGAUGACUGACAUGGGUAGCGGAGACAUCCUGGUGACUGUUGACAUGGUCCCUGAGGGGGAGUUUGUUGUCAUUCUGAAAGGAACAGACAAAGUGUCAAACUCUGAAUUUCAGAGGCAGUCUACCACCCAGAUGUCUGUCUCCAAAGUGAACAUCCAGGCUGUGGUAGACAGCAGUGUGGAGCCAGGAGAAGCCUUCAAGCUCCCCUUCAGUGUAAUGACCCAGGGCUCUGGUGGUCAGUAUCACAUCAGCGCCAGAAAUGAUAGAAACUUCCCCAUGUCCUACUCAAGCAGCCUCACCUUGACAACUGGAAGAUAUACUAAUGAUACGUUGAACAUUACGGCACCUGCCGACACACCAUCAGGCACUGAUGUCACUCUGACUGUGGAAGCCAAGUCGUCCAGUGGUGUUGACUCCAAUUAUGUCGUGUUGAGAUUGUCUGUUGUCACCAAGAUAACAGAUUUUGAUCAGCCUUUGUGUGAAGUGGUUAGUGUGCAGGCUGAUGAUUGCCCUCAGGAUGUUUCUCAGUGUGGACCUUUCAAGUGGGAGCUCUCGGCCAACCUUACUGAUGGAAACGGCACUGGGAUCGAGAGAAUCUCCCUGCAACAGGGUAAUGGAUCCCUCUCAUACACCUCUCUGAGUGCUCCUGUUGUCCAGGCGAACUACAACGCCUCCUGCUGCUCGCAGAUUGUGGAGAUCAUAGCUGUAGAUAAAGUUGGCAAUGUGGGAAAAUGCUACCAAUCAAUUGUUCGUUCGGAUGGCCCUCCUGCUUUAACUCUGUCAUUGCCACUGUGGUUGUGCCUGUUGGUGUCUGCUUUUGUAAUCAGACCUUGAAGGGCUUAGUUUAGGUUGUGUCUUAUUUCUGUAUGCUGCAUCAGGUAUUGGACACUGUUGAUGAUUUUAAAUUACUCAAAACAAUUUGCUACCAUGAUGGACUGACACAUUGGUGACAGUCAUCUUAAGCCCAGAUAUGCUGUUAGCGCAAAGUGUGAGCACUGAUUAAACAAUGGAUGACGAAUAUAUACUUAAAUUGUCUGAAUUAGACUGUUUGCAAUGAAAAACAUUCAGAUGUAUGUAAUGUUUGAACAUUUUCUAGUGUCUAUAAUACGUUUCAGUUUUAGCAGCAGAGAUCUUGUUUAGGACAAGGAUGAAUAUAUUUAAAGAAAAUGUU